AUGCGAGCUAUAUUUGUGAUCGCUGGAAAUCGGGAUGUUAAAUUGAUGCGGAAAAUCACCUACCUUAAAGAAAGUUUUCAUAUCAGAAGUUUGGAACAGAGGGCACGCGGAGGGCCGGGUAAAAGUGGCGCAGACGACCAAGGGAAAUUGCCAGAGCCGGAAGAAGAGGAAGAAUCCCGGGUUCUUUAUGGAGCGGGCUGUUGUAAAUGGUUCAAUGUGCGGAUGGGAUUCGGAUUUAUUUCAAUGACCAGUUUGGAGGGAAGCCCUCUAGAGAACCCAGUAGACGUCUUCGUACACCAAAGCAAGCUUUGCAUGGAGGGAUUCCGAAGCCUCGUAGAAGGAGAGCCGGUAGAGUUCACGUUUAAACAGUCUUCCAAAGGCUUAGAAUCGUUAUGGGUUACAGGGCCAGGAGGCAGCCCCUGUCUGGGCAGUGAGAGGCGACUCAAAGGGAAGACUGUGCAAAAAAGAAAAACAAAGGGAGAUCGAUGCUACAACUGUGGUGGUCUGGAUCACCAUGCUAAGGAAUGUAACCUACCACCUCAGCCAAAGAAGUGUCAUUACUGUCAAAGCAUCAUGCACAUGGUGGCAAACUGCCCUCACAGAACACUACAGCUGCCCACUGGUUCUCGGGAAACACUGGAAGCAGAACUGCAGCCUUCUACCUCUUCCACCCUGAGAGAAGGGACCUGCUCGGUCCCACAGCAAGCUCAGGGGGGCAGGGCUGAGACGGUGGAGUGGUCAGGCCGUUCCCCCCAAGAAGUUUCCUCAAGCAAGUCUUCAACAUCCCCGGAAGACCCCAAUAGGAAAGGGCCUUCUGUCCAGAAAAGGAAAAAGACUUGAAUGAACGGUUGUUAAAGUUUUUUCAAGCUUUUGGAUACAGCAGCUACCUCAUACUUGUAAAAGGACGGGAAGUGAUUUCACUCGAAGCAGCUCUG